AUGAGUAACAUUACUAUUAACACAAUUAAUAAUUACGGUAUAAUUUCUAUUCAUAAAAAUGCUUCUUAUCAACAAGACAAUUUAGAUACUAAAACCCAACGCCUUAUACCUCAAAAACUUUCUGGUUUCCAAAGCUCAGAGAGUGUGUCUAAAUCUGCUACACAACCACAAACACCUUGUAAUCCUGCUAAUUCUUUUCUUGAACCUUAUUCAAAGUCAUGCUCUUCUCCUGCUGAUAAUUUGAAGAAAGUCAAAACCGAAUCAACAAUUCUUAAUCCUUCUGUCAUUUCAUUUUUAUCUAAACACCACAAACAAUCUUCUCUAUCAACCACAAAACUAAGAAGACAAACAGUUGAUGAUACUAUCAUCAAACAGAAAAGUCCAGGUAAAACUAAUCCAUCUACUACGUUCACCCCAUUGUCUCUUAAUCUUUUUCAAGGCCCUUUUGAAAUUGUUGGAUUAUCAAAAUAUGAAACAGUUCUUAAGCAAUGGAUUCCUUCUAUUCAAAUGAAAUUGAUAUAUGAUAGUUCACAACAAUUCUUUGAUUCAAGAGGUUUUAAUGAAAAAGUAUGUGGAAGAAAAAAUUUAUUAAUAAUUGUUGUAAGUGGUAAAUCAAUAUUUGGUUCAUGGCACUCAAAACAAAUUCCUAAAGAAAAGAAGGAUGGAUUUGUAUAUGUUAAAAAUGAUGAAAAUCAUUUUGUAUUCACACUUAGAAAUAUUUACAAUAUUAAUCCUACUAAAUUUCUUCCUAGAGAAGUUAACAAAUAUAGUAAAAGUUUAUGUCUUUCUGGAAGUAAAAGUUCAACCUGUAUUGUAGGAUGUUAUUCAUGUUAUUUUGUAGAAACAUUAGAUAAUGAAUCAACAGUUGAUUGGUCAUUUUCCAGUACAUAUCGAGAUACUAGUGGGAAAGGACAUUUAAUAUUUACCGGGAAACAAGCAUUUACUACUGAUCGUUUACUUGCAUUUUCUGUUUAA